GGGGUGUGGAGUUUGGUGACGUCACGGGCGCGUCGCCGCGACGUUCUCUUUCCUUUUCCUCGUCCCCGCUUUCUGUGCCGCGCAGCGUGAGCGCGCCCGCCCGUGUGAAGGCAAGAGGGAGAUAACGGCAGAGGCUGCCCCCGCCGGCACCCAUGGGAGGGUGUGUGGGCACUCACCACGACUCCUCGGGCAGCCUGAACGAGAACUCGGACGGGACCGGAGUGGCCUUAGGACGUAAUCAACCCUUGAAAAAGGACAAACCCAAGUGGAAAAGUGACUACCCUAUGACAGAUGGACAGUUACGUAGUAAACGGGAUGAAUUUUGGGACACUGCACCUGCUUUUGAAGGACGGAAAGAAAUUUGGGAUGCUCUAAAAGCCGCAGCACAUGCUUUCGAGAGUAAUGAUCAUGAACUGGCCCAAGCAAUCAUUGAUGGUGCAAGUAUAACAUUACCGCAUGGUGCCCUUACUGAAUGCUAUGACGAACUGGGAAACCGCUACCAGCUACCUGUUUACUGCCUUGCUCCACCCAUUAAUAUGAUAGAGGAGAAGAGUGACACAGAAACCUUGGAUAUCCCUGAGCCACCUCCAAAUUCUGGUCAUGAAUGCCAGCUGCGCCUGCGCCUCUCAACAGGCAAGGACCUAAGGCUGUUGGUGCGCAGUACUGACACUGUAUAUCACAUGAAGAGACGCCUUCACACUGCGGAAGGGAUGGAACCUACCAGCCAGCGCUGGUUUUUUUCUGGCCGGCCACUCACAGACAAAAUGAGGCUGGAGGAGCUGAAGAUUCCCAAGGACUAUGUAGUACAAGUAAUAGUGAGCCAGCCUGUUCCAAAUCCCACACCAGUAGAGAAUUGACCAUCUCAAAGACUAUGCUCACUGUCCUCCUCCUCUUUACUCAAAUAACUCCUUGCUAUGUUUGUACGCAGCCUGUAACUUUUUUUUUUUUCUUAAUUCUUCUCAUAAAUCCUGAGUUGUCAGAGCAAUGUAACC